AUGUCUGCAUCACCGAGCGCGAGGAACACGGAUUCAAAAGUGGCAAAGGCGCAGAAGGGAUUCUUUUCAACGCUCUUUUCGUGGUCGCCCAAGCGGUCCGCCAAACCCGUGACGGAGCGACCCAGGGCAACAGAUGCAUUUCCGCGUACUCCCAGCGAGUCAGCGCAUGCACAUGGCCUAUCACGGGUGCAAUCCACCCCACAGGCCUCGACGCUGAAUUUAUCACGAGUACAAUCCGCCCCGCAAGCUUUGACGCCAAAUUUUCCUGGGAGAAAAGUCGGCGCUGUUCCUGAUGUUCCUCGAUUCAAGUCUAUCAAGGACAAUUUGCAUGAACUCGGGCUCACGACCCCUGUUGUCUUUACGCAACCUCAAGUUGCAGGCAGUGAGACUGUGUUGUCGCAGUUAGACAGGGCGGCAGCUUCUCGGGCGGAUAUGUUCUUCCAACGCUCGCUAUCGCACAACAUGAGUCCCACCUCGUCCAAGUCCAGACAUCAAUCGUCUCGAGGGAACGCGCUUGUUGCAACAGCAGAUCAUGCUAUUAAUAUCGACCUACCAAUUCUAAAUAUCACCUCCGCCAAUGUACACUUCGCUUCAUCACCUUCCUCAGCAACGAGUUAUCCGAGUAGUGAUCAGGAUAGUCAGGUGGAUCUUCUGGAGAAGAUUACAGUCCCCAUGUCCACUACUCCUGAUAAAGUCCCGUCAUCUGUCCCAAGUGGCAGUAACACUUCAAAUAGAGAGCCACCUAUCCCAUCGUCCCCAUCGGUAGCAAGUCGCUCUUCUGUUUCACAGUCGAGACACAGUUGCACCCCUUCAUCUACCCGUUCGAAAAGACCUCGGACAGCUCCCGGCGGCUCAAGCGAGCUGAGUAGGCAAACUUCGGUUGCCUCUGCGCGCCCUCAGCGCCAAGUAGCGAGAGAGCCAGCUUCCUUCUUCCCUGUAGAUGAGGGAUUAUUUGGCCGUCCCAAACUGCCCCCACCGCUCAAAGUCAUUCCGAAGAAGGUCAAAAAGCAUCAGCGAACACAAACUUUCGCUGCUUCCCCCUCACCCACAGCCCAAACUCAUGAGCAAUCUGUUACGCGCACGUUAUCCACACGUUCUCACAAAACACGUCAGACGUCAGCUCGGCUGGCGUCGGCCAUUGAGCCAGCAGCAUUGUUUCCCAUACCCAACGUUUUGACGACCGAGAAAUCUGGGGCUCUCAGUCGAAAACCCUCUGUUCUCUCACAUAGCAGGGUCCCCAGUCUACCUCCACUCCCGCCAAACGAUGAGCUCGAACUUUUACCACUAUCACUCCUACGCACGCCAGCGCCUAAUGAGGGCUCGUCAUCACGAGCCAAUACACAAACAACAGUCGCUUCGCAUGAGACCCAGUUCUCGACCGCCCUAGCUCCCGAGUUACACCCUGCAAAAUGGACGUGGACUCCCCCCUCGAGCUGGUCGGGUCCCCUCUUCGGCUAUCUCAUCUGA